AUGAACAAGAAUGUAGCAUUCAUUGUUUCACAGAUCAGCGACAUUCACUUCACAACCACCGAGCGCGAUGUCCUCAUACGCUUCCUCGUCUUCUCCUCUCGUCUCGCCGCGUGGCUCCUCAGUCAAAAGAAUGCUUCACCGUCGACGGUGCAUCGGUGGCAGCUUCUGAUGCGACAGCUAUCGCUCACAGCAAAGCUUCUCCGCGUCGGGAAAUUCACACAGCAAUUCCGCUUUGCCGCACGGAGCUUAACGGGUAGACACCAGGACCUUUUCCUGGGCAUCGGUUUCGUCCCCUGGAAGGGUGCCAAGACGUUGGAAAGGAGAGCUUUCCGGGUAUGGUUUGCCGCAGGUGUUUGCGGGCUUGUUGCGCAGGUGUACUGCCUGUACCAAUUGAAGACAUCAGAUACCAGUGAUCAAGGUCAAGGUGAUAGGCAGUCUCUCUUUCGAAAGACGGCCAGCAAGCUCCAAUUAGUGUCUAGUCUCUGUGAUAUCACCGUCUCAUCAGCGGCUGCAGGGCUUGUUCAGUGGGAUGAAGGAGUCGUUUGCGCCAGCGGGAUGCUGAGUAGUCUGAUUGCCAUCUACACGCAGUGCAAACCAUCACUGAAGCGAUGA